UUAAGUCAAAAGGAAACUUAAGUGAAAGUGGCUUACAAAGUACAAACCCAAGAAGAAAAUCCUUAAACCCUCCAACGCAACCAGGGCCUUUGUGAUUGAUGAACCCUUUUCCAAUUUGAAUCUGCCCGUGAUUGAUGCAGAGCAAGCAGAGGAUAUAGCCCUCCAAUGUUGGCCUUCUCCAAGUUCAGGAAAGCAGCAGCGGAGAUCUCCUGCGUUUUCCGGCGAAACCUCCUCCGAAGAUUCUCCGUUCCGUCCGAGGAACCUGUCCCUUCGAAUCCGCAGAUGCCUCUUCGUUUCUGCAUCUGGGUGGCGCUCAAGUUCGAGACUUUAUCCGACCAAGAAUACUGUAACAUAGUGAGUAGGGUCCUUAGUACCAACAAUUUGUUUUCCCUUUACUGGGAAGCUCUCGAGCUUCUCAAGAAAUCUGGGAUUUUGAUAACUUCUGAUUCGGUUAGAGCCUUGACUAGAGCGUAUUGGCAAGUGGGUCUCGCCGAAAAGGCUAUAGAGUCGUUUGGUAGAAUGAGUGAGUUUGGUUGCAAGCCUGAUAGUCAUGCGUAUAACACCGUUUUGAAUAUUGCUUUGAAGAAAGACUUGUUUGUGUUGGCUCUUGCAGUGUAUAAUUUGAUGCUGAAGUCCAAUUGUUGUCCUAAUGAGUACACUUAUAACAUGUUGAUUGAUGGGUUUUGUAAAAAUGAUAAUGUUAAGGGUGCACUUGAGAUGCUUGAUGAGAUGGGUCAAUGGGAUAUAGUGCCAAGUGUUAUAUCGUUUUCUGCUAUUUUUUCCGGUCUGUGUCACGUGAAGAGGGCAGAUGAGGCACACAGGUUGUUUAAUGUGAUGAAAGAAAGAGGGUUCCAGCCUGAUUUGAUAUGUUAUAGUGUUUUAAUUAAUGGGUAUUGCAAGUUGGGGAGGUUAGAAGAAGCCAUUUCGUUUCUACGGUUGUUAGAGAGAGAUGGGUUAGCCCUUGGAAUAAAGGGCUACAGUUCUCUGAUUGCUGGCUUUUUUAGCGCAAGGAGAUACAAUGAAGCACAUGCGUGGUACGGAAGGAUGUUUAAGAAGGGUAUUGUGCCGGAUGUUGUUUUGUACACCAUUUUGAUACGAGGUUUGUCGAGCGAGGGAAGGGUUGGUGAAGCUGCCAAGAUGUUAGGUGAGAUGACCCAGAUAGGCUUAGUUCCUGAUGCUGUUUGUUACAAUGAAAUUAUUAAAGGUCUCUGUGAUGUUGGUCUUUUGGAUCGAGCACGAUCUCUCCAACUUGAGAUUUCUGAGCAUCAAGGGUUUCAUAAUGUUUGCACACAUACCAUUAUCAUCUGUGACCUGUGUAAGAGAGGAAUGGCUGAGAAGGCACAGGAAAUAUUUAAUAAGAUGGAGAAGCUUGGAUGUUUUCCUUCCAUAGUGACCUUCAAUGCUCUUAUGGAUGGACUGUGCAAGGCUGGUAAACUUGAGGAGGCACACCUUUUAUUGUACAAGAUGGAGAUUGGGAGAAGUCCUUCGUUAUUCUUCCGGCUUUCUCAGGGUUCUGAUCAGGUUUUAGAUAGUGUUGCUCUCCAGAAAAAGGUGGAGCAAAUGUGUGAGGCUGGACAACUUUUGGAUGCAUACAAGCUUCUCAUUCAACUUGCUGGUAGUGGGGUUAUGCCUGACAUUGUGACGUACAAUGUUCUAAUCAAUGGCUUUUGCAAGGCUUCUAAUAUCAAUGGUGCUUUAAAGCUUUUCAAGGAUAUGCAAAAUAAGGGGCUCUCACCUAACCCUGUUACUUAUGGGACACUUAUUGAUGGGCUUUUCAGGGUUGGCAGAGAAGAGGAUGCCUUUAAGAUUCAUAAGCAUAUGUUGAAGCAUGGGUGUGAACCUAGCUUUGAAGUUUAUAGAGCACUUAUGACUUGGUUGUGUAGAAAGAAGAGGGUCUCACAGGCCUUCAGUCUUUAUUUGGAAUAUUUGAAGAACCUUCGUGGCAGGGAAGACAAUUCAAUCAAUGCUUUGGAGGAAUGUUUUGUCAGAGGAGAAGUGGAACAGGCAUUUCGAGGUUUACUAGAAUUGGACUUCAGGUUUAGAGAUUUUGCUUUAGCUCCAUAUACAAUUCUACUAAUUGGAUUUUGUCAGGCAGAAAAAGUAAAUGAAGCAUUACUUAUAUUUACUGUUCUUGAUAAGUUCAAUAUCAAUAUCAAUCCUGCAAGUUGCGUAUAUUUGAUCCGAGGUCUCAGUGAAAAUGGGAGGCUGGAUGAUGCAGUAAACAUCUUCGUUUACACUCUUGACAAAGGUUUCAAGUUGAAGUCAAGUGUUUGUGAGCAACUCCUCAAAAUUCUUUCACAAGAUAAAAAGGAGUGUGCUAUUGAUCUUGUUCCUAGGAUGAAGUCUGCUGGAUACUGUUUAAAUGGUUUGUUUUUGCAGAACACAUAGUGUACAGAGCAGGAUAAGCAAUAAAACUGACUGAUCAAUAUGAAUGAAUUUCUGUAUUCAGCUCUUCGUACAUCCCCAUUAAGGAAAGAGGCUAUGAAUCGGGAGACUCAAUACACUUUCUAAUGAACUAAAGGUCUCAUGUUGCAGGGGCAAUUUCUUUUGCUUUGAUAUUCUGCGUGCUUGUCAUCAUGUGCUGUAUGACCCUUCAUUUCAGGCAUUUUUGGGUUUUCCAUUUGUUGUAUGCUUCAGUACGUUUCUUCCUAUAUGUCUAAGAGCAUUUUGGCAAACAUUGACAAGGAAGAGGGAAAGAAGACUGACUACCAUUGUCCAGAUGGGUGUUCUUUGGUGAUAUCUAACAUCAUGUAUUGUACACCAUGUUCUUUUGUGAUAUCUUUUUCAUAUUUUAACACAAUGAUCAAAAUUUAGUGAAAUUUAGACACGAUUACUUGUUUUUACCAAAAAAGACAUUUAGUUUAUUACUUCCGUACAACAUAUCAAAAGCUGAGGUUUAGUUGAAUAUUACUAGGUUGCUUAUUAUUGAUUAUGAUUUUCUUUGUAAAUGGAUUCUAUGCCUCACAUAGUUGAUUGCUUAUGUAACCUGAUGUGCUAAAAUGUCGUUUGUGUAAUCCGGCAAUCACAGCUCAAUUCCCAUACAGAUGGAUAGGAUAGACACAAGGGCACCCCACAAAACAUGAAUUGAUGUCAAUUAUGUUUUAGGGGCAUACAGAACAUGUCCUUUUUCAGAUAUAUAUGAUGCAAAGCCACAAGAGGGUUAAGGUUAUAACUAUUUAUUAAUGCAUAAUUUAAUUUCAAUUUUGAAGCUGAUUCUGACCUCAAGCUGAAAAUAGCAGGGAAACAGCCUCUUUGCUUCCAGGGAUAAGGCGGCAUACUUUGGUGGAUCCCUGCAGGUUGGAACCUUGCCCAUUGAACUGGCCUUGUUAAGUGUUAACAUUAUUAUUACGAUAUCUUGCCCUGCUUUUGUAUAUUCUUUUAUAUUUUUAUUGAAUUUUUUUUUAUCUUGAUAUUGCCUUCCCAGUAAAUGAAAUAUGGAAUCAUUUCAUAA